CAUGCAAGGGCUGAAGUCCGGAAGCUGAAGCUGCUCCAUGUCUCUGGCCUUCGACCUGAGCAACUCCGGCGGUGCUUAUCAACCACUGGACAGCGGAAGCGGCAAAGACGCGUCGGCAGCGGUCCCGCAGAGACACGCGAUGAGCAUGAGGGUCUCGUGGAUCAGGCAAUGGCGCCGCUAUAAACUGCCCGCCUUGGUUCUCAUGAUGAUGUUUCUGAUGUCCUGCCUUGCGUACCGCAUCAUGGGUGCCGAGCAGGAUGCUCCUCCCACGGACUUGCACCGCAGCUCCCCGCUGCUGGAUGCUUACGAGGAUUUCAGCGCGAUGCGGGCCGGCGACCUAAAGAUGCGCAUCGAGGAGAUGGUAAGAAUCAAGAGCACUGUGUCAGUGGAGCUACGCGAGCUAGAGUCCCGCCGCCAGAAACUGCAGUCGGACAUCAGUCAGUACAAUCAAAAAAUUGAGGAGCUGAAGCAGGAGCUGCUCCGUGAGCAGACCGAGUUGGAGCGUUUCAAGAUGUCCGUGGAGCAGGCGCAGGUGGCCCAGCGGGAGGCAGUGCAGCGCAACACUCCUGAUCUUGCCCUGCCGCGCACCCUCCUGCCCAACUCCCUGCCCCGAAAGAUGAAUACUGUCUCGACGGGCGUAGCCGCCUCCUGUGCGAUGCACAACUGCUUCGACCACUCCCGUUGCAGCCUCACCUCCGGCUUUCCAGUAUACCUUUAUGACCCCGACGAACACAACGUCCAGCGAACUGGCUACGAUAUCGAUGGCUUACUUAAGACAACUCUCUAACAAACGCUCGGCUA